AUACUUCUACUAUUAAUUAUACAAUUCAUUUACAGCUCAUAGAUAUUAAUACUGAUAACCUAAAGCCGUGACCAAUUGGUGAAUUGAGCAAAUCGAUCAUCAAAAUUAACUGCUAUAUAUACUCAUCAAUCCUUUUCUUUAUUCUCCAUCACUUAUCGAAAAUUUGCUUUAUCAUCACUAACAUACAAAAAUGGCGAGAGUUUCCAUCAUCCUCAUCAUUACAAUUAUCUUAGCGGCUUUUCUGAACAUAUCAGCUGAUAAAAUAAGAAAAUGUAAGAAGGAUAACGAGUAUUGUGGAGGCAUUGCCGGAUUUCAAUGCUGUGAAGGACUACAUUGUAAUCAUGAAGGCGAUAUGGCAGAUGCAGGUGGACAUUGUGAGCCAACUACUAGAACUUGUCAAAAGCCCGGCCAAUAUUGCGGCGGCAUCCACGAAAUUCAAUGUUGCAAAGGAUUAGAUUGCGUAAUUGAUGGUAAAAAAUUUCCAGAUGCUACCGGAGUUUGCAAGAAAAGACAAUCAUGUCAGAAAGCCGGCCAGUUUUGCGGCGGCUUUACAGCCAUAGAACGUCAAUGUUGUGAAGGACUUGAGUGUGUAAUGGAUGAUCCUCAUAUUCCAGAUGCAGCUGGAAAAUGUAAGCGAAGUCAUCAUCAUUGAGAAAGUAAUAUUCACCAAAUUAUGUUUGAGCAACACUAGUUGCCAACCCUGACCUAUUAGACACAUUAAAAUAAAAUAUUGAUAUGUAUGUAAUAAAUUGAGGGGAGACCUGAGAAGUGAUAAAAAUAAUGUUUCAAUGUAUUCCUAAUCAAUAAAAAUUUAAUAAUAAGAGAGUUGGCAACAUCUAAAAACCUGUGUUGCUUAUGUUUCA